UUUAAUUCUAUAAUUAUUAACUACCAUAAUCUCUUAGCUUGACCUUAUUUUCAACAUUAAUUGGAUAUAUCAAAUAUUCUAUUUGAUGCCUCCAAUCCACGUCCACCUUCUCUUUCGAUUCCCAUGGAUUUGGACAAGGGUGUCGUUGACACUUCUACUUGUUGUGUCGAAGAAGAAGAAACUGUUGGAGAUGGAAUUGCAGAACCGGAUGUUGGUAUGGAAUUUGAAUCUGAAGAUGCUGCCAGGAGAUUCUACACAGAGUAUGCCAGACGGGUAGGAUUUGCUGUGCGUGUUAUGCAACGUCGACGUUCGGGGAUUGAUGGAAGAACUCUUGCUCGUCGUCUUGGAUGUAACAAACAGGGUUUUUCUCCUAAUCACAGGACUGAUGUUGGCCCGGACAAGAAGCCUAGGCCCGGUGCACGAGAUGGUUGCAAAGCUACAAUCUUGGUUAAAAUGGAAAAGUCUGGAAAAUGGGUGGUUACUAGAUUUGAAAAGGAUCAUAAUCAUCCUUUAGUUGUCACCACCUCUGGAUUCAGUUCAUCAGGUGGCAAGGAUAAGAAAAUUGAAGAGCUUACUCAAGAGUUAGAGCAUCAGGAGCAAUUAUGUGCAACUUAUCGUGAAAAAUUACUCAGUUUUAUGAACAACGUUGUGGAGGAAGCAGAAGAACUGGCUUCAAAAAUUCAAGUUAUUGUGGACAGUGUCAGGAAAGUUGAAUCGGAAGUGCAAAAGUUUUCCCGUCAUGGAUAGCCUUGGCAUUUAACGUUCACCAACACAGGAACUAUCUGCCGAUACACUGCAGACAAACACGUCAGGCAUAUGUUAAUGAGCUUGUAACUCAACUAACAUCCAUUUCCCUCUCUUCCAAGAGGUCUCAGGUUUUAGUCUCUCUUUCGCAACAAGUGAGGCUUACACAGGCCAACUGCAAUUUCAGAUGAAACGGCAUGCCACUCAAGUUUUGUUUAUCAUUGUCUAUGUUUCUUUCCUUUAUUCAUAAUGUUCAGGAACAAGUUUGCUUCUUCCUUUCAGUCCAUAAAGGGCAUUGGUCAAAGCUGGACAUUCAUCUAAUGAGCUGCGAAUAUGCUUUGGAUGAAUGACAGGGAAAAAAAAUAAUCUUUUGGCAUUGCCUUGGCACUGCACAAGAACUGAAAACCCUUUAGAAGCAUAAAAGUAAGCAAUUUACGAAA